AUGCCGCGAAGAUUAUCAACUGAGGACUUGCGACGAAUACUGGAAGAAAGUGACUAUGAAUUGAGUAACGGUGACACGGAUUUGAACGGCGGCGAUAGCGAUGUACAAGACGAACCAGAUUCUGAUAUUUCGGAUCAAAAACAGAGUAUUUUUGCAGAUGACGAUAUCGAUGAUCCGGAUUUCGAACCAGAAGAUGGUUUUGUCUGGAACUAUGACAUUUGCAUAGGUCGCGACCCCGAGAUCGCUGAUUUGGAUAAGCCGGGAAGUGUCGUAGUUCAGUUAUGUGAUUGUCUUAUAGAAGCUGGACGGAUAAUUGUGUGCGACAAUUAUUACAAUACCGUUGGAUUAGCAAAAUAUUUGCUGCAGCAUAAGACAGACUUAUGCGGCACUUUGCGAGUAAAUAGAAAAGAACUUCCAUGGGCAAUAAGAUCGAAAAAAAAUAGGACCUAA